UUUACCGUAGGUGACUUGAAUGCGACUCAGUACUCGUGUUUAACAAUGGUGUCCGUGGUGGAGGUACUAUGCCUCCUGUUGGUAGCUGUGCUGUGGGGCUGCACCAACCCAUUUCUGAAGAGAGGCACAGAGGGGAUUGAACAUGUGAAAAAUGAUAACAAGUUUCUUCAGUUCCUGGCAGAGGUUAAGUUCCUGUUUUUAAACAUCAAGUACCUGAUACCAUUCCUACUGAAUCAGAGUGGGUCCUUGGUGUACUACUUCACUCUUGCCACCACAGAUCUGUCUCUGGCUGUGCCCGUGGCCAACUCCCUCACCUUCCUCUUCACCAUGCUCACUGGGAAGCUACUCGGGGAGGAGUUUGGAGGGAAAGGAGCUGUUGGAGGAAUGGUCCUCACCAUGGUGGGCAUCACUCUAUGCAUAGCGAGCUCCAUCAGUGAGACUGAGAGCAAGGGGCAGCAGAAUGGCACGAAGGUCUCACCAUAGAAAUAGAUACCGUAUCAGCACAGUACUGUAUAUCUCUAUGGGUCUCGCUCUAAAAAAGGAUGACUGGACACAUUUUAAAAAGGUUCUAUCCCAUACCACCUAGUUCAAGUUAUUGUUUCUUGUCUAGGGUACUUUCUAUAGGCUUAGUUAUGUCUUCAAUAGAAGUGACUUUAUGCCACAUAACAUAUUUCAACUACAGCGGUGUUUAGGCUAUCCAAAGGGACCAAAGCAUAUCGCUGUAGAACACAACAUUUUGUAACAGAUAAUGAAAAUGAGAGCUUCUUAUUGGACAAGUUCAAGUAGUAAGCUACCUCCCCAGUCCCUGUUUCAAAACGUUUUCUCCCUACUGGACACAAUCCUGACCUAUACCAGCCAGGCAGUAGAGUGAUUGGACAAUAUGUAGAAGAGAAUGCAAAUGAGCUUAGUGGGAACUCAUCAUGAACAAUGUUGUGGCUCCCACACCUUAUAACAACUGUGACAGUGUUCAAGUAGGGUUUAUUCCAGCCGGGGUCCAGAUGUAUUGCCUAUCUAGUUAAUGCCGAGCCAGCCAUUCUUGCCACUUUGCUGGCAUGCUGUGUGAAUACUGCCCAUAGAAACACUAGGCUAUAGGCCUAUAGAAGACCACAGUCAAUGUGUUAGUGUUGAAAAUAGACCAACUAGAGUUCACAUCUUGAAAUCACAGUGCUGCUACUGUAUACCAAGGUCAGAGAAACCGUUAUUACAUUGUAAUGUCUUAAUGUAACUUAUUUUGAUAUGAAACUACGAAGGCGUUCCAUGCAAGGUGAUAUGUUGAGUGUGGAAAAACUGUAGUCUGCUGUUUUAUUGCACUUUUUUUUCAGAAAUAAUGGCAUUUAACACAAAAAGCUUAUACUGUACAAUCAGAGGACGUUGCUGUUUUUUGUAAGAUAAAAUAUUUCAUAUUGUAUAUUUCCAAGUUUAUUUUGAUGAAGAGGAAUUCUUUACAUUCAAUGUACACUACCGUUCAAAAGUUUGGGGUCACUUAGAAUUUUCUUUAUACACUUUUUUUUAAAGCAAAUUUUUGGUCCAUUAAAAUAACAUCAAAUUGAUCAGAAAUACAGUGUAGACAUUGUUAAUGUUGUAAAUGACUAUUGUAGCGGGAAACGGCAGAUAAAAAAAAUGGAAUAUCUACAUAGGCGUACAGAGGCCCAUUAUCAGCAACCAUCACUCCUGUGUUCCAAUGGCACGUUGUGUUAGCCUUUUAAAAUGAUACAUUUAGAUUAGCUAAUUGAUCAUUAGAAAACCCUUUUACCAUUGUUAGCACAGCUGAAAACUGAUGUUCUGAUUAAAGAAGCAAUAAAACUGGUUAGUUGAGUAUCUGGAGCAUCAGCAAUUGUGGGUUCGAUUACAGGCUCAAAAUGGCCAGAAACAAAGAACUUUCUUCUGAAACUCGUCAGUCUAUAACUACUAUGAGAAAUUAAGGCUAUUCCAUGCGAGAAAUUGCCAAGAAACUGAUGAUCUCGUGCAACGCUAUGUACUACUCCCUUCAAAAGUAAAUUUGUGGAAUUUCUUUCCUUAAUGCGUUUGAGCCAAUCAGUUGUGUUGUGACAAGGAAGGAAGAGUGUGCAAAGCUGUCAUCAAGGCAAAGGGUGGCUACUUAAACAAAUCAAAAUAUAUUUGAGUUUCUUCUAACACUUUUUUGGUUACUACUUGUUUCCAAAUGUGCUAUUUCGUAGUUUUGAUAUCUUCACUAAAAUUCUACAAUGUAGAAAAUAGUCAAAAAUAAAAACAAAUCCUGGAAUGAGUAUAUUUGUCCAAACUUUUGACUGGUACUGUAUGUAUACAGUUGAAUUCUGAAGUUUGCAUACACCUUAGCCAAAACUGAGUUUAACUGUAUUUUCACAAUUCCGGACAUUUAAUCCUAGUAAAAAUUCCUUGUUUUAGGUCAGUUAGGAUCACCACUUUUUUUAAGAAUGUGAAAUGUCCGAAUAAUAGUAGAGAGAAUGAUUUAUUUCAGCUUUUAUUUCUUUCAUCACAUUCCCAGUGGGUCAGAAGUUUACAUACACUCAAGUAGUAUUUGGUAGCAUUGCCUUUAAAUUGUUUAACCUGGGUCAAAUGUUCCUGGUAGCCUUCCACAAGCUCCCCACAAUAAGUUGGGUGAAUGUUGGCCCAUUCCUCCUGACAGAGCUGGUGACAGGUUUGUAGGCCUCCUUGCUCGCACACGCUUUUUCAGUUCUGCCGACAAAUUUUCUAUAGGAUUGAGGUCAAGGCUGGCCACUCCAAUACCUUGACUUUGUUGUCCUUAAGCCAUUUGCCACAACUUUGGAUGUAUGCUUAGGGUCAUUGUCCAUUUGGAAGACCCAUUUGCGACCAAGCUUUAACUUCCUGACUGAUGUCUUGAGAUGUUGCUUCAAUAUAUCCACAUAAUUUUCCAUACUAAGGAUGCCAUCUAUUUUGUGAAGUGCACCAGUCCCUCCUGCAGCAAAGCACCCCCACAACAUGAUGCUGCCACCCCCGUGCUUCAUGGUUGGGAUGGUGUUCUUUGGCUUGCAAGCCUCCCCCUUUUUCCUCCAAACAUAACGAUGGUCAUUAUGGCCAAACAGUUCUAUUUUUGUUUCAUCAGACAAAAUCAAAUUUUAUUUGUCACAUACACAUGGUUAGCAGAUGUUAAUGCGAGUGUAGCGAAAUGCUUGUGCUUCUAGUUCCGACCAUGCAGUAAUAGCUAACAAGUAAUCUAACCUAACAAUUUCACAACAACUACCUUAUACACACAAGUGUAAAGGAAUGCAUAAGAAUAUGUACAUACAAAUAUAUGAAUGAGCGAUGGCCGAACGGCAUAGGCAAGAUGCAGUAGAUGGUAUAGAGUACAGUAUAUACAUAUGAGAUGAGUAAUGUAGGGUAUGUAAACAUUAUAUAAAGUGGCAUUGUUUAAUCCAAAAUUAUAAACUUGGAUUAGCGAACACAACGUGUCAUUGGAACACAGGAGUGAUGGUUGCUGAUAAUUGACCUCUGUACGCCUAUGUAGAUAUUCCAUAAAAAAUCUGCCAUUUCCAGCUACAAUAGUCAUUCACAACAUUAACAAUGUCUACACUGUAUUUUUGAUCAUUUUGAUGUUAUUUUAAUGGACACAAAAAAGUAGCUUUUCUUUCAAAAACAAGGACAUUUAAGUGACCCCAAACUUUUGAAAGGUAGUAUAUGUUUGGUUAAAAAAAUGUUGAAGAGAAGUCUUUCAACAUCUUGUGUUCACUGUGAUAAAACCUCAUGUUACUCAAGGAAUAAAGCGAUCCCAGAAAGAAA